UUCAAAUCCAACAGCGGACAGAAGACAGAUGAUUGAAUGAAGCCUCCACCACUAACCAUGCAGUGGAGUCUAUCUCUCUGCUCUUUAACAGGAGUUGUGUUAUUAGCCCAGAUGAGCAGUACCUCAACAGUAAAUGUUGCGUUACAAGGAGUGGCCACUCAGUCAUCACUGUAUGAUGCGGAUAUUAAUUAUGUGAUAGCUUCUAAUGCCAUUGAUGGGAGCAAAAACCCAAAUGCCAGCCAAGGAUCCUGCACCCACACGAAUUCGGAGACCGACCCCUGGUGGAGAGUGAACCUGCUGGAUGUGUACAAAGUGACUGCUGUUGUCAUCACCAACAGAAACAGCUAUCCUGAGAGGCUCAAUGGUGCAGAGAUCCGUAUUGGUAAUUCACUGAAGAACAAUGGCAACAACAACAGCAUAUGUACAGUCAUCUCCAACAUCACAGCAGGAAAUACCGAGACCUUCCAGUGUAACGAGAUGGAGGGACACUAUGUCAGUGUGAUCAUCCAUGGCACUGACAAAAUUCUCACUCUGUGUGAGGUGGAGGUAUAUGGCAGUCUAGCAGGACGCUGUUCAUCUGCAACAUGCCUCCAUCAUGACGAGUAUCACUUUGUAAACCAAAAUAAGACUUGGACUGAAGCACAGAUUUACUGCAGAAAUAACUACACUGACCUGGCCACCAUAGACAACGUGGAGGACUUGGCCAGACAGAUGAUGACUGUACACAGUGGUUAUACUGAAGCAGCCUGGAUAGGGUUAAAGAAGCGAGAGUGGCAGGGAGAGUGGUGGUGGUCAGACAAUAAUUGCAGUGAGGGAUAUUUCAACUGGCACCAAGACGAACCAAAUAACGGGGGAGGGAACGAGGACUGUGUGAUGAUGAGCAACGGUGGUCAAUGGAAGAAAUCCAAUUGCAACAAUUCACAUGUGUUUAUCUGCUAUGACAGACUGAACUGUUCUGGUAAGACAUUCCACUUGAUUAAUAAUACUCUGACUUGGAGAGAUGCUCAGAUGUACUGUAGGGAGCAUCACACAGACCUGGCCAGUGUGAGGAACCAGAAUGAGAAUAAGGAGAUAUAUAGACUGGCUAAUGGUCAAUGUGUGUGGAUCGGCUUGUUCAGAAGCUCCUGGAAGUGGUCGGACCAGAGUAACUCCUCAUUCAGAAACUGGCAUGAGGGACAACCCAAUAACGUCGGAGGGAAUCAGACUUGUGCUGUGACAUUGAUGAACUAUUCAGGGCGUUGGGGUUAUCAGAAGUGUGAUGAAGAACGACCUUUCUUCUGUUACUACAAUAAGGCGAUCCUGAUUCAUCAGAAUAAGACGUGGAAAGAUGCCCAGGCCUACUGCAGAGAGCACCACAACGACCUGGUCUCUGCGCACUCUGAGGAGAUCCAGAGAUGGGUGGAGGCCAGGGCCAAGAGGUCCUCCACUCCUCAUGUGUGGCUGGGCCUGCGCUACACCUGCACCUUGAACAUCUGGUUCUGGGUCAGUGGAGAGUCCACCUGCUACCACAACUGGGCUCCGGGAAACGGGACCGUCAUGGAGGACUGUGGGAGAACCGGAGCGGGGAGAACCGGGGCGGUAGAGAAAGAUGGAUGUCACCAGUGGGUCAGUCUGCCUGACACCGAGAAGCUCAACUUCAUCUGCAGCACCUCUAACUAACAGGUAGUAGAACCUGGACCCAGCUCUAGCACGGUGGCUUUCCCAGACACAGACUUGGCCUGGACCUGGACGUAAAAGCAGAGAAGAAUCUCUAUUGAGAAUGCUUCUUAGUCCAGGUCUAGGCCAAAUCUGUGUCUGGGAAACCGGCCCUCAGUCUUCAGAUGCAGAUCUUUUCAUUCAUAGAACUUUCUAGAAGCAUGUUGCUGUCGUAGCUUUUGAAAAAGAAAAGCCUCCCACUCUAGGAGCUCAGACGCAAUAAUUUAAUAACCAAAGUUUGAUCAGACAAGCUGUCUUCAUCAGGGUAUAAUGAC